AUGUAUAGUAUCCUAACCCAUUACGAUGUCACUAGGGAUAUGUUUUGCACUCAGUACAAGCAAAAUUCUACCUACUGUCUACCUUCGGUCUUGGGUGAUGUUGAAUCCCAAAGCGGCGAAAAAAUCACUCUUGGAGAAGUGGUUUCCUUAAUCACCGGUAAAUUGACCAAGGCGGAUCGAGCUUUUAUGUCUGUUCCAAAGGAAACUUACUGUACCCCAUGUGGACAUGCGAUCGUCACUAAAUCGGCAACAAUGAUUGACGCGAUUCGAAAGGACCCAGUCGGGAUCGAAUUCAAUUAUAGCUCCUCUUCUACCGUCCAUCAGAUCAGCGAGAUUUGUGGGGCUGCUUUUGAGGACCAUCAGAUCCCCGACUCUGUCCAAAUCGCUCCUCCUCCUAAAUCUGGAAACCCCAUCGAAAAGAAACUUGCCUAA